AUAAAAUUGAAAAUUAAAAAAAUUGAAAACAAUAUUAUAAUUAAAAUUGAUAAAAAAAAUAUAUAGUAAAAGAAAGAUUUUCUUUUACGUUUGUUUUAUUUAAAAACACUUUUUUUUUUAAAUUAAUGGACUCUGAGCGCUUUGAAAACAAUAAAACCAAACAAUAUAUGUGUAAUUAACAAAAUUUAUAAUAAUAAAUAUAUAAACAAAACAACUAUUAUUUAUUUAAGUGGCAAAACGCUUAAACAUUAAAGUGUAAUAAACAAAUAUUAAAAAGAGAAAUUUAGUGCUUCGCAUUGAAAACUAUAAUAACACAAAUAUUUGAAUUAAAUUCAAAAUUAUGGAUCCUUUAUAUAAACGGAUUUGUAGAAGAUUUUCAAAAAAGGGUAUUAGGCCGUCCCUUAGUUUAGAUAAUACCAUUGAAACAUUGUUAAUUAAAAAUGAAAAUGAUUUCAUAAGUGUUGAACAGGACAAGGAUCCACAGAAUAUAAUAACAUUAUCUGCACGUAAACGUCAUUCGCAGCAAUUCCAUCAAGCACCCAAUACAGCAGGAACUCAACAUCAAAGUUAUCAACAGCAGCAGCAACAAAAACGUGAUGAAAAUAUGCGACAAUUAUUGGAUGUAACAAAUACUUUGACAUUUGAGGAAUUAAGAGAUUUUGAAAUGCGUUAUGGUUCACCACAUCACAGUCGUUCGCAGUCAGUUAAAACACCGGGUAGCAGAGCAUCGGGUCGUCCCAAUCAAUUGUGUUUGCCACAGCAAAGAUCAAGAGUGGCCUCUAUGCCUAAUACUGGUGUGGAAGAAGAGUAUUAUAGAUUAAGACAUUUCUCCAUAACCGGCAAGGGAGUGAUAAAUCGUGGUGAUUCCUUAAAAAGUAGACGCAGUAAAUCAAAUAACAGUGUGGCAAGUUCAAAUUCAAGCAAUGAACAUUUAACUACCCAAUUACAACCUACCCAAGUCCACUCUGCUCGUAACUCAGCCACUUGCAGUUUAGCUUCAAGUCGUGAAAGCAGUACUUCAAAUCCAGGCAGUGGUCCUUACAGAGUCCUUAUGCUGGGCGCUACCGCUGUGGGUAAAAGUUCUUUGGUCUCUCAGUUUAUGACCUCUGAAUAUUUACAUGCUUACGAUACUAGUAUUGGCAAUAAUUGUAACAUUCGUAUACAUAUCGAAAAACCCGCUGACGAUGAUGACUCGGGUGAAAAAUCUGUUUCAGUAUUGUUGAGUGGCGAAGAAUCGGAAUUAAUAUUUAUUGAUCAUCCAUAUGCCGAAAUGACGCCCGAUGAUUGCCUAAGUAGUUAUGAUCCACAUGGUUAUUGUGUUAUCUAUUCUGCCUCCGAUCGUAGUAGUUUCAGUGUGGCCGAACAUAUUUUACAAGUAUUAUGGACUAAUCAAAAUAUUGCCCAAAAGGCGGUAAUUUUAGUGGCAAAUAAGGCCGAUUUGGCACGCAGUCGUCUAGUGAGUGCAGAAGAGGGCAAAGCUAUGGCGACCGCAUAUGAUUGUAAAUUUAUAGAAACUUCAGUGGGUAUUAAUCAUAAUGUAGAUGAAUUAUUGGUGGGUUUAUUAUCACAAAUACGUUUAAAAUUGGAAAAUCCCGAAAAAUCUAGGGAUAUGUUUAGAAAACGUUCUAUUAGAAAAUCCAAGAGAAGAGCUUGUUCACCUUUAAGUGGAGCUUGUUUAACCGGUGGCACUAACCCAAAUACACCUAUGGGUCCCACCAAUAAUAUAAUAUCCGAUGUCAACACACCACCUGGCAGUGCUCACAGCAGUCCCCGUAAAUAUCGUGGUUCCCGUACAUCUACCAGUCUAAAAGUCAAAGGUUUAUUGGGUCGUGUCUGGGCUCGAGAUUCAAAAUCAAAAAGCUGUGAAAAUUUACAUGUUUUGUAAAUGAGCGUUAUAAAUUUAUUUAUUCUUUAUUUUUAGCGGAAAAUUUAACCCAAAGAUAAUAAGUAUUAUUUACAACAUUAAUUUUUACAAAGAAAAAAAGAAUGUUCUAGUCUAUAAUUUAUUCUAAAGGAUUAACUUAAUUAUUUUAUCUUUAAGUUAAGCUAAUAGCAAGUUUUACUAGAGUAAAAUUUGAACUAUUAAUUAUGGUUUGCAACUAAAAAACAACUAAAACAGCUAGAUACAUACAUUUUGUUGAAAAUGGGUCCACUUUAGAAUGAAUAGGCUAAAAUAUUGUAUAAUUAAAACUCUCGUAUAUACAGUACAUUUUUUAUAAUAAUUAAAUGUUUAAAAAAAUGUUUGUUAAAAAUCAGAAAAAUUCCAUUUAAAGAAAACACAACUAACUAACAUACAUAUGAAUGUAUUAUUUCUUUUUUUAAAUGUAUUUUCAAAAUAUCUAAAUGUUGUCAAUGUGAAAAUUUUUAAAAUUCCCCUCCAUUUUCCCUCCUUUUGAAUGAAAAGUAAAUAUAUAUUAAAUUAUAUAAAAGACAUAAUUAAGCAAAUAUUUACAAAAUAUUUGCUAUUUAAUAAAUAUAAGAAUUUUAUAAAAAUAAGCAAAAAAAAAAGUCACGAGUUCUAAAACGCGUGUAUUUAAAAAAAUGGCAAAAUAAGCAAUAUUUAAAAUAAAUUUAUUCCAAUUUAAUUGUUGUAAACAAAAAAGUAAUUAUUACACACAAAACUUAAGGAACAACAAUUGUUUUUUAUUUAUGAUUAAUUGUAUAUUUAACAGAAAUUACACUAUUAAAUACCUAUAAAUUAUAAAUUUAUUUAUUAAUAAUUUAUUUGUAAGUUUAUUUUUUAUUUAAUAAAAUAUCGCACAUUAAAUAUGCAUUUAAUAUUUAAUAAUUAUGUUGUUUUUUAUUAUUUUAAAUUAUUGCUCAUUUAAAGUAUAGUGUAAAAUCUGUUUUAUAUAUAUAUUUAUAUAUACAUAUAUAAAAGUUGUCAAAAUUCUUCCUAGAAAAGUGUGCUUUUAAUAAAAUGGUUAACCUUAAAUGCACACACAUUCCAUACAUACAGUGCAGUUUAAAAUUUAUAAAAUAUUUAUGUUUUAUUUUUAAUUUAUUUAAAAAUUAGUGAAGAAGCUUUUUAGUUCUAACUUCGUCUAACUUCGAUUUAUUAAAAAAUUAUGAAAACAUAGACGUCUGUGGCCAUAUGAUACAUUCGGAAAUUGACCCUAAAUAUGAUCUUGGAUGCAAUAUUGAACCUUUUGAUUUAAGUGUAUAAGACCUGCUGUUACAUAUUCCGAUUGGAAUGAUUCCAAUUUGAAUCGAUAUUGUUUAAUCUUCUUCAGUUUCUGAAUUAACUACUUCCAGAUCAAGUUUAAACAUAACCACUCCAGAUUCUCGAACAGCAACCUUAAAACUAGUGAUGUUUUUAUUACUUCUGGAACCCUCUCUCUGAAACAAGAAUGAUAAUUUCUCAGCGCUUUCUCUCUAUCUUAACAGUUACAAACAUAAAUCACAGAAAAAAAGAACCAGUUCUAGAACUGUUCUAAAGAAGGUGUAUAAGUAUGUUCUCUAAAGCAUCCCUUGAACAAGUUAGGAAAGGCUAAACAGCAAAUAGAUGCAACUCAACUCGGAAACAAUUGUAGUCCAUUGUGUUCCCUUCUUCCCAUAAGAAUAUAUGUUUAACCUUAGUAUGAAAACAAUGCGAAUAGAAAAGUUUGGAGCUAGACUGAGGGACUUUAUCUGGUUCACGAAAUUAUUUAGAUUCAGAUAUAACCUUCAAUUGACAGAAAGCUAAUAGAUGGCAUGGCUUUCAUAUAACAAUAUUUCCCAGUUCUUCUUUGAAUCUAUUAUUAUUUUUAUCUGUGUUUUAGAACAAUACCAAAUUAUUUGCUCAAUUGUUUCUGGCUCCUCAAUAGCAUCGCAUAACCUGCAGAUGUUUCGUAUGGUAUUGUCCCAUAAAAGUCCCUAUUGAGCAAUGCCUUGUUAAUACUCCUUUCGUAACCCUUAGACUACAUCUACCCAGUACAAUUGCAAUCUAUUUUACUAUUCCAGUAUUGGUUGAAAAUAUAACAGAAUCUUUCGAAGACCAUUCUAUAAUAGUCACAGAAGGUUGGAUUUACUGUCCUUUCACUUCUAUUUAGGUCAAGUUCGUUCCCUAACUCAUUUCCAUGUAGUAUUCUGGUACCCAAAACAACCAUAUUGCAAACAGUAUCAUGAUAACACUUAGAACAUUUGUACAUUCUACAACCAGACACAAAUAUCCCAUAUGACAUAUCAAUACUGUGCCCUUCUAUAGAAUGCCACUAAAAGACUUUAGACCGUAACAGUUCCGUUGAUUUUCAGAUUGCUCCGCUACACAUUCCUUGGGUAGAAUGAAACACCUUUAUAUGUACAUGUCAUCAGUAUACACAACGACACCAGUGCUUGUGUUCAUAUUAGAUCCGUCAAUAAAAACUGUUUAACCCUUAAAGGGUUUGUCAGAUCACAGACAAUCGUCCCUAUUCGGAAACUCUGUUGUGCCAUAACAAAUGACAAAUUCGAAAGAAAAUCAUUGACUCCAUACGUUUCCAAUUUCAAACAUUUAUCAAUUUUGUACUUAAAGGUAUUGAAAAAAAUACAACACUUUCAAAACUACAAUUUAUUUUAAUUAUUUGUUAAUUUUUGUAAAAGAAAUACAUAUAAAUGUUAGACACUGUAUGUCUGUUACUAAAGUUUUUAUAAUAGAAUAAGACGAGUAUUUAAAAGUGAUGUUUAUAAUCUAAACUUUAUAUUUAUUUUGAAUUUAACUCAUAGAAAAGCUUUUUUAUACAAAAAAAAUUGGCAAUUGGUUAAUUAUUUAUUGUUAAACUUUUUUUUACAUUUUCAAAGCAAAAAAAACAUAAAAAAGAAUUCUUAGAUGAAGGGACCAUUAAAAACAUUAAUAAUAAUAAUUGACACUAAUGAUCAAAAGUUAAAAAUGUUUAACACCAAAAAUUUAAACAUAAACUGAUAAAACCAACACAUAGUAGUACUUUGUUGGUCCAGUUAUUAGAUAGUAACAAUUAAAGAACAUAUUGUAUUACAAAACAAGUUUAUAAUACUUAGUUCAAGUUUGUUAUAGAUAGAUGAACAUAAAGUAGAAGUUUGAGAUAUAAUAAAGGUCAAUAGAGUUUGACUAGAUGUUUUUUAUUUCAAGUUUUUAAUUUGUUAAUUUUUUUAUACAAAUAAAAUUCGUAACGUAUAUAAAAUAUAUAGAUAAUUUUAUUAUUAAAUAAAUAAAAUAUAUACCA